AUGGCUGCUGCAGCUGGCAAGAGACAGUCUGCAAAUCGCAACAUUGUCUAUUGCCUUCGGUGCCACAAGCCCCAGGACAACCUCCCUGUGCACCUGGUGCGAGUGUGUAUGAAAAACUGCACACUAGAAGACAGAGAGACAGAGGUAGCGAGAGCAGUUGAGUCCAAUAGGGAGUGGGUUCGUGCAAACAGGACCUGGGACUACAAUGCCAUCCUAGAGCUGCUGCCCCACAGACGCUGUCGUAUGGCACUGGUGGAAGACCUUCAGGAGAGGGGGUUCUUCAUCAAGAACAUUCCCCGUAACGCACACAUGGAAGAUCCAGAUAUGGUCACUAAGCCAGUUGUCACAGCUGCUGCUGAGGCUACCACAUCUGCUGCUGCUGCAACCACGUCUUCUGCCACUGUUACCAUGGACAACAGUACGCAGACACGCACAGGCAUGGAAGAUAAGGACACCAAGCCUGUUGUCACAGCUGCUGCCAAUGUCGAGACUACCACGUCUGCUGCCACUGUUACCAUGGUUUCCAGGUCUGCUGCCACCACUGACCCAUCGGAGGGCCCCUCCUCUGAGUCAGAUAAAGAUGCCUGUGACGCCUCCUGGACAAUAGAGUCUCCAGACCCAGUUGGCUCUCUGAGGCUGAAGAGGAAAGCAGUGGUCUUGGAAGAGCCGGUGAUAGAGGAUCAGCCAGUGGAGCCUACUUAUGAAGUUGUCAAGGCUGGGACAAAGAGAGGACGUCCGCAGCUGAUAGACAACGUCGGCAACAGUUUUGGAGUUGCCUAUAGAGGACCCAGCGCUGUAACCUGGAGAUGUUCUGUCCGUCCAAAAGGUGCAGUAUGCAGAGCCAAAGUGGUGGAGCGGGAUGGUGUGUUUGAAGCAGGCCAAUAUCCGCACAACCAUGAACCCGAUCUUGGCACUGCUACAGCGGCCAAACUCACAGCCUGUAUGGAGAAAGAGGCCGUGGUGAUCGUUCAAGAGGUGUCGCUCGAUGAACUGCAGGAGAAUGUACCUCGCCCAGAACUCUCCAAGUCAGUGAACUUGUCUUCUGUUGGUGGCGGUUUGCUGCCCUUGCCAAGACCAUGUGAACCCAAGGACAUACACUUCAUUGUCAACAUGGACCACAUCCCGCCAUCAUUCCUCCGGGGGGAUGUCCGAGUGAGUGGGGACAAUGAACGCAGACACCUCAUCUUUGCUACAGACACACAACUGACCCGCCUGGCCAACGCGAAGACGUGGUACCUAGAAGGUAACUCCAAGCUGUGUGGUCCGCCCUUCACACAGCUUUUCACCAUCGGUGCCUUUGUCAGGCAGAAAGAUUGCACAAAAAGCGUCCCUCUGCUCUUUGUGCUGAUGUCCAGAUGUAAGAAGAAGGACUACAAGAGGGUGUUGAGGGAAAUCUUGGACAUUCUGCCGAGACCUCCAAAAGUGACACGUGCCAUGCAUGGCUUUGAAAAGUCUCUGUGGUCGGCAAUGUCACGUGUGUUGCCCCAUGUUCGGUUGACUGGGUGCAUGUUCCACUGGAAACAGGCAGUGUUUCACAAGAUUAGAGAACUUGGUCUGCGCACCAAGUAUAUGCAGAGAGGUGAGGGCCACGAGUUCCUGAGGGAUACUAUGUCCCUGCCGUUCCUGCCUGGGGAGCACAUCCCAGCUGCCUGGGAGAGACUGAAGUCCAGGGCCAGCACACCUGGUCUGCAGGACUUCACAAGUUACAUGGACAGCACAUGGAUGAACUCGCCUAUCCACCCACCCACCACCUGGAGUGUCUUUAAGAAGACAGUGCGCACAAACAAUGAGGCAAAGGGAUGGCACGCUGCCUUGAAGAGGAGGGCUUCUGGCGAGAGCAACCUCCCAUUUUACAGUCUGGUUUCUCUCCUGCAAGAGGAGGCAAAGUUUGUGCACCUCGACAUCAAUCUUGUCAGGAACAUGAAACUGUCCCGCUACCAGCGCCCAGCCAGAAGACGGGCGGAAGAGAGGCUGUUCGACGCGUGGACAAGGUUUGAAAAAGGGGAACUGAGUGCCGACGAACUUCUGCGUUUCUGUCACAGUUUCGGCUCAGAUUCGGCAUCGCAUCCGUCAAGCAACUCCCCCACACAAAGUGCUUAGGCAGGACAAGUGUGAGUUGUUUGGGAAAAAAAAACUUGUGAAAAAGCCACACGAAGACAGUAGAAAAAAGAGGGAAAAAAGAAAAGAAAACCGUCAUGUUGUAAAUAAGGACCUUUUCACUUUGACUGAGCCACUUUUACAGACAUACUAUUUGGCCUACAUUUUGUACUAGACCUUUGCACUGAAGACAUUUCUUUAACUUUCUUAACAAUUUGUACUUAUUUG